AAUGAAAGCAGUAGUUACAUCCUCACGCUGACUUCUGUGGCUAUGCAUUGUUUGAGCCAGAAGAUUAUUAAUAGGUUUAAGAAGUGCUCAGGAUCCAGUGCAGGGCAGGAAAAGUGACACCAACAAAUAGCCAAAGAAUCUUAUUUGAAGAUGGAUUUGGGUUUGCUUGAAGCUCUGGAGAGGGAGAGGAUCUUGGAAGUCCUUCGCAGAGACAAACAAUUGCGCACAGUGGAAGAACACAGGAUCAGGAGAAUGAAAUUCCAGCUCCAGGAGCUUCGAAGAAAAGGCGCUAAGAGUUGCGCCAAGGAGUACGGCGAGCGGACAUGCGCUCGCUGCCAAAGGCCGCUGGGAAAGUUCUAUAACACAGGCGCGGUUUGCCGCGGGUGCAGUCACCGAAUCUGUAGCAAGUGCCGUGUACGCGUGGGCGAGGCGGCGUGGAAGUGCACGGUCUGCUACGCCUACAGAGAAGUAAAGAUCCGGUCCGGUGACUGGUUUUUAGAGGAAAAGAUGAAGAAAUUCCCUGCUAAAACAGAUAAAUAUGAGCCAGUUGGGGAGGAACUGUUAAAGACUUACAAUGUACUGAGUUACAUAUCAAUUGUACCACCGACUCCACCGGCCCACACGGAAUUUGACUUUCUGAGCAAAUCAGGGGAUUACAAAAAGUCCAACGAUCUCCUCAAAUCAGUGGAAGAUCUUGUCUUUUCAUUCGCUAGUAAUGUUCGAAAGAUGUCCUCAUCUCAGAAUGACGUGAGAGCAAACCUGCUGAACGUGGACUGCAGUGAGCAUUUGUACUACAGGACCCAGAAGAGCCUCUCUGACACAGACAUUAGCAAAUCUGCUAAGCUCUACCAAGGCAACAGUCUUCCAAACCUGUUCAAGAAAAGUAAAGACAGCGACCACGAUGGCUCCUCUACCGGUGCCGAAGAAGAAACCUCCAACAGUUCGGAAAACUCUGAUAGAAGAAGAGGUAGUUUCAGCAGCAUCAGCACAGAGUGCAGCUUGUUUGAGAGCAUCAGUGCGAGUGGAGACAUGGAGCUGGCUGUGGGUUACAACACCAACACCUCCUGUCUGGAGAUCACAGUGGGAGCGUGUCGAAACCUCCCUUAUGGAGACGCCAGGAAAAUGACGUGCCACCCGUACGUCAAACUAUACAUGAUGCCACCCAAAAGCAACAAAAGGAAGACUUCAGUCAAAAAAAACACCACCAAUCCAGUUUAUAAUGAAGUUUUUGAAUUUCACAUAGAGCGCCACCUUCUGAUUGGAAAGAGAAUGCAGGCCUCUGUGUGGCAUUCAAGAUCUCUGAACAAGAAAGUGUCCUUGGGCGAGGUCCUGAUACCUCUGGAUGGCUUUCAAUACGAUGACAAAGACUUCCAGCGUUUCAACUGGUAUCCACUUUGUCCAAAGGUUAGUAAACGUCCAGAGGGAGGUGCUAUGGAGCUGAAUGGAGGAGAACAGCUGAUCAGAUUUCCGUCUGCUUUCAACAGUCAAAGUCUCUGACUCUGGAAUUGGGGGAACGUAUGUGGACCAAAGGUUUCUUCUGUUUUAAUUUUUCUGUGACUUUUUAACUGUACACGAACACAUUGCCAAGGAAGACUUGCGUACAGACUGAGAUGUUUAUUGUUAAACAUAUAUUGUAGAUUUGUAGAUUUAUAUUUCUAUAUUGUGUAUUGAUUGACAUUACUUUUUUUUUUCAUCAGUGUUUUUGUGCAAGAAGCACAAUUAGGCAUAUCAUAGAAUUAUGUAUUUAAUUUAAAUAUUUUACUACUUCUAUCUUAUUUUGGCACUUCGGGUCGCAUAAGCAUGAAUUCAGAAAAUAAAAAGUGCUUUAGUCGCUCCAGUUAUUCACCUGAAUUAAUCUCAAAUUUUACUUUGUCGACUUUCCACGUUAGG